AUGCAGCUGCUCCUGCUCCUGUUGGCCUUCUAUCUGCCACCCAGGACAAGGGCAGGGGAGAUCGUCGGGGGACACGAAACGAAACCCCACACCCGCCCCUACAUGGCCUUCCUUCGCCUAAAGAAUACUACUAAAGUACAAAGGUGUGGUGGCUUCCUGAUACAUGAGAAGUUUGUGUUGACAGCUGCUCACUGUAUGAAAAGACCUUUGCAUUCACAAGGUCGACAAAUAACUGUCACUCUGGGAGCCCACAACAUCAGCAAGAAGGAGAAGACUCAGCAGGUCAUACAUGUAAAAAGAAACAUCCCACACCCGCAGUACAAUCCUGAAAAACACAUCAAUGACAUCAUGCUGCUGCAGCUGGAGCAAAAGGCCAAGAUGACUAAAGAGGUACAGAUUCUAAAGCCCAAGAGAGAAUCCUGGGUGAAGCCAGGUACUGUGUGCCAAGUGGCUGGAUGGGGACGGUUGACUCCAAACAGAACACUUCCAAAAACACUGCACGAGGUGGAGAUGACAGUGCAAAAGGAUGAGGAGUGUAAGAAACACUUUCACUACUAUGACAGUGCUACUCAGAUCUGUGCUGGGGACCCAAACACUCAAAAAGGUUCCUUUAAGGGUGACUCAGGAGGCCCCUUUAUAUGUAAUAAUGUGGUUCAGGCAAUUGUAUCCUAUGGCCACGCAUAUGGAGAUAAAAAACAUCCGGCAAAUCCACGUGUCUACACCAAAGUCUCACCUUAUCUAGCCUGGAUAGAGAAAACCAUGAAACAAUACUUAGUUCAGGAAGCAAUUGAAGCCCCUUCUCUGAGCAGCAGUCUGUGGAAAAAGGCCAAGCUGAAUAAAACUAUGCAGCCCCUCAGGCAUGAGGACAUGACCCAGUGCCAGCUCCUGGAAGUUACUGCUGGGCGUGACACACUGUUCAGCCAACUUGAAAUUGCAGUUCUUAACACCCUUGACACAGAGAUUCUCAAGGAGGUCAAGGAAGUGGCAGCUCUUCAGGCAGCUCUAUAUGUUCCAGAAGAAUACAAUUACCAGGGAUUUGAGGACCAGAAAGAUGAGAGCAGACCACCACCUAUGUCCCCCGUGGACCCACACCUGCUUAUGAGAGCCAUGGUCAGACAAAAACGGGGCUGCAGAAAGCCCCUUCUUUGCAGUGGGUCGAGUUUCAGAAAUGAGGACAGGAAACAGCAAGCUGGUUGUCCUGUUUUGAGAAUGACAUACUGUGCAAGAACUCCGGUAGGUCCACUCCUCUGCGACGUACUUGCACUGUGGAAGCGAGGGGAACUCCAGCUUCACAAAUUCCAUUGCCCGGCCCCCAGGGGGGGGGGCGGGGGAGCGCCCGCCGGCCCCACCCGCGACGGAGAUAGGAAGCAAGGCCGGUGGAGCGACUCCCAACUAACAAUCGCUGAUGAGGGCAUCCCAGCGACUCCGGUGGUGGCGGUGGCCGUGGCGACGGGGAAAAGGAGGGCUGUGUGGCCCACGAUCCGCCUGCCAUGUUGCUGCCGCCUCCCUCCACCCCUCCCCACUAGUCUCCGCUCCCAUCUGGCAGCCCAAGAUCUGGCGCCCACCUAA